GCUUUUUGCGUGUCUGCCCUGGUCUCUUUUGGUCUCUUUGUCCUUGAGGUCUUGACCCCAUUUCGUAUCCUCGCUUCCGAUUUUUCCUCCUCGUCCAUUCGUUCCUUGUCCUCCUCCUCUCUUCGUCCACUGCCCGUCGUUCGUCACGAAUCUUGCCUUCCCACUUUUGGCGCGCCUGAUCCUCCCUUCCCUUGCACCUUGCAACCUGCUUACAACCCGGCUCCUUGAAAUCGUGCUGCGCACAUUUCUACACCAUCAAAUCCCACCAGAGCAGAGAGACAACUGGGUUGCUUCUCUCUCGUCCCUUCCUUUGUUCUCAUUACUUCGCCGUCUACACGCUCUCCUCAAAAAAACCACCGCAGCGAUCAAACCCUGCCCGUCCAUCCGGACCUCCACCACCACCAUAUAUCCUGUCCUCUGCUCGAGAUCAGAUUUGACCUCGUCACCGCUACAAAGUACAGAUCCCAGCCUCGCUUGGACGUCAGCUGGUCUUCUCGCAUGAUCUGACCGGCGACCUACAUUCGACUAAUCUCGUCUGCAGCACGUACAGGCUUCCGCACCUUACGACUGCAGGGUUCUGCAAGGCUCAACACUCACUGUGCCUACCUCCAAGGGUGCGCCGCUGCCUUGCACAACCGGAACCGUUUCUUCGCUCUCUCCUACUCCUUUAGCAGGGUUAUACGAGCCUCCACCCUCUUCUGAGUCAUGGCGACAUUCUUCACCAUGUCCUGACAAGCAUUCGCAUCAGCUUGCCAACAUCACGGCCCCGACAACUUUCUACGCAGCACUAUGAAGUUGUCAAAGACCUCACGACAGAGCUGGACUCAUUUGUACCGUCAACUUCGACCCUGAAAUCCUCAUUCACUUCCUUGUUCCAACAUGACUUCUGUUACCACAUCGCCCGCCGUCAGGGCUCUCCAGAGUCGAGAGCCCUCUCCUUCACCUCGGGUUCGUCCACUGGCUCGUAUGCCCUCAAUUCAGAGGGUCAACUCCGCCGCCCUUCAAGGCUUCGCUGUCACACCGGCCCCUGCUACCACAAAUUCUUCGGUCGCCCCAAGCCCAUAUCUGCCAUCUCAAAGUUCAUCUCCCUUGGUCGCUGUCUCCACCUACCAGUACUCGCAUCUAGGAAGUCCAGGUCCCCUGGAACUACCAGAGUCUAUCAUCUCCACGGCCAACAAUCCAUUUUCUACCCAGAAGGAACCCUUUCCCAACACAAAGGCUGCUCUCAUACGCAAGUUAUCCCAAAGUGCCAAAGAUGGCGUCACUUCAACACGCCAGAUUCUGAGAAGAAAGGCUUCUUCUUCCGCUCAAAGUCGCCGAGAUGAAAGCACUGGCCCCAUUGCUCGGAGACGAAGUGAUAGCAAGACCGCCACUACUAAUAGUGGUAUACCUAGUGGCAUCCCUAAUGGCAUCCCUCCCGACCUAUCACCGGUCGACAUUGUCUCCCUCGAUCCUCAACCUGGCCUCGGUCUUUUCGACACAUUAAGUUUGUCUAGCGAGCCAACUUUGAUCGAUACGAGCCCCGAAGGUCGAGGUCCCUGCAUCCCAGAACGACUCGUGGCCGGAUCCUGGUUGACCAAAAUCACCAAGAACAAAAAACAGGAAAAGCUCUUUUUCUUAGACCCUGAAGGCUCCCGCGUCUCUUGGCGAGGGAUAGCCACCAUGAAAUCUUUCCAUGUCGACAACAUCAAAAGCAUCCGCAGCGGAGUAGAAGCUACGAGUUACUCGCAGAACUUUCGUGGUGAAAGCGUCGACCCUGAGUUGUGCUUCACCAUCAACUAUGCCGCUUCAGAUUCUUCAAAGUCUGUCAAGACUUUGCAUCUUAUAGCUCACACUCAUGCUGACUUGAAACUCUGGCUCGACACCUUGGAAAGCGUCUCCAAACAUCGUGAAGAGUUGAUGACAAGCAUGGUGGGGUCCACUGAGCGCGAAUCCAUCAUGCGUGCACACUGGAACUAUGAGAUUGACAAACGCUCACACAAAGUGAACCCUGACACACCCGAUGGACUUGACUUCCAGGCCAUCCAAUCCCUGUGCCGCAAACUUCACAUUCACGCUCUCGAGAAAGAAUUGGAAUUACAGUUCAAUGCUGCGGAUGUGACCAAGUCCAAGCUGUUGAGCUACGAGCAGUUUAAAGACUUUGUGCGAGGCCUUCGCGAGCGACGAGACAUCAAAAAGAUCUUCAACGAGCUCAAAAAAGACAACUCGUUGCCCGGUCUCACUCGAGCUCAGUUCUCCUCAUUCCUCAAAAACACACAGGGUGUCUCGAUAGAUACCCUUACAGAUCCAUCAAUCUGGGAGACAAAAAUCGACGACCUUGUCGCCAGUUCGUUCCCCGAAGACCCUGAAAUGAAAGCUGUAGGACUCAUAGAUGCCAAUGCCUUCGCCGCUUUCAUCAUGUCCAAGGAUUGUCAUAUCUACGCACAGCCAGAAGUCCUGCCUCCGCGCUUCGACCAGCCCUUGUCCGAAUAUUUCAUCUCCAGCUCACACAACACCUAUCUCACCGGCUGGCAAGUGGGUGGUACCUCCUCGGCGGAAGCAUACAUCACUGCUUUGCGCCAUGGCUGUCGCUGCAUUGAAGUCGACUGCUGGAACGGUGCUGACGGCUUUCCCAGAGUCACCCACGGACGUACCCGCACAACAUCAGUCUUGUUCUCCGACUGCAUCAACGCUAUCAAUAGUUGUGCAUUUGACGUCUCCCCAUACCCACUGAUCAUCUCCCUUGAGGUGCACUGUGAUCUAGACCAGCAGGCCAAAAUGGUCAACAUUAUGCAUGAAGCCUUCGGUGACCGUCUCUUGUUGCAUCCGCUUCCCGGCGCCACCAACAAAUUACCCUCGCCCGAGCAGCUUAAAUUCAAGAUACUCAUCAAGGUCAAGUCUACCGAACUUCAUGCUGACCUUUCUUCGCUUCGCCGCACGAGCUCCAAGCGCCGUGAUCGCAGCGGGAGUUCGCCCAACCGAUCCAUGGUCCAGACAACCAACUGGGUGAACCAGACCUCGACGUCUGUGCCCAACGCAGCCUUGAUCACGCCACCGGAGACACUAUAUUCUCCUACCGACCGAUCGGUGACGGUGACAAGCGCCAGCAGUGCCGGCGAGGAAAGUGACAUUGCGGGACCAACGUCCUCACAUCCACGUCAUCGGAGAGGUGAGAAGAUCGACAGGUCUGCAAGCGCCGUUACAGAGCCUGUGCGGACUAGCCCCAAAAUGAGCAAGGUUGGUCCGUAUCUCUCUGCCCUCGGUGUGUAUCUCAAAGGCUACACCUUGCGGGAGAGUCGAGACCUCGAAUUUCAGCAGUACAACCAUAUCUUCUCCCUGAGUGAGAACCGAGCUAUUGAGCUAUGCCACUCUCCCGAAGACAAGGCUCGUUUUGAAGACCACAAUCUCAAGUACUUGUGCCGCGUCUAUCCCAAAAACCUUCGAGUCCAGUCGUCAAAUUUUGACCCGAACACAUUUUGGAGACGAGGAGUUCAAAUGGUUGCCUUGAAUUGGCAGACAUUUGACGCGCACAUGCAAAUGAGUCAAGCAAUGUUUGCUGCUGGCAAUGAUGCCUUUGGCUAUGUUCUGAAGCCAGACUACCUCCGCAAGUCUCGUGUCAAGUCCUCGGUUUUUGAGCACCGGGUCAAGCUACCACGCUACGAGACCAAGUUCUCGGUUCAAAUCAUUUCAGCUCAACAAUUACCACGACCUGCAAACAUGAGCAAAGAGACGCCCUUGAAUCCCUUCAUUGAGGUCCAGAUGUUUAGCGCCGAGGACCGAGCACGUGGGAUUGCCAAUGGCUCAGGUGGUCAGCAAGCAUCGCGCAAUGAUGGCUAUCACGGUAUCGGCGUUCCCUACCGACGUCAAACGUCCAUCACGUUUGGAAAUGGCUACAACCCUCAAUUUGGAGAGACCAUCGAACUCGGCCUUUGGACCAAGUAUCCGGAACUCGUCUUCGUCCGAUUCAUCGUUUACAAUUCAGACGAUGGUCGACCUGCGGGAAAGGGGGUCAAACAACUGGCUGCAUUUACCGCAAAGUUGGAUAGCUUGCAAAGAGGCUAUCGCCACCUGCCUCUCUAUAAUGGCUACGGCGAAGAGUUCAUCUUCUCUACCCUUUUCUGCAAGAUUGCCAGACAAGACCGUGCGUUGUUGCCGACGUCAUUCAGAGAGAAUGAACGACCCUCUCGAUCCACCAUCCUGCAGAGCUUCAUCGUCCGCGGUAUGUCUGGAGAUCGUAGCAGAGAUCCCUCGUCUAGCUACGAAGAGAGUCGCAGACGCAACCAACCAACCGAGUCUGAAUGGAAAGACUGAAACUGUUGCUAAACAGUGAAUUUGCUUGUACGAUAUAGCAAUUUGUAUCAAUGUUGGAGUGGGCGUUAUGAGUUUGACUAGAGAUACCCGAACAAACAAAAUGACUUGAUGACACUUGACUAGAUCUGCAUGUCUGGCGACGGACUGUUAUCAAAUGGGUUCACAUACGAGGGCGAGUUGUAGCCACGACCGCCCGUAUUCUCCUAUGUAUUCCUAGAUAGGUAAAUAGUUGGAGGCUGUUUGGAAUUUGAUUGUUUCCUUUCCCCGCGCAAGGCAG